UGACGAUAGUUCUUGGGACAUUUUUAUUUUAAUUUCUAGUCCUGAUUUCUUACUUCUCAAUAAGUGAAUAUUUUUUAGGGGUUUGUUAACCACGGCAAGAUGCAGAUAUUCGUGAAGACAUUAACAGGAAAAACGAUCACCCUUGAGGUAGAAUCGUCUGACACUAUUGAGAAUGUGAAAGCUAAAAUUCAGGAUAAAGAAGGCAUUCCGCCUGACCAACAGCGACUUAUUUUUGCAGGUAAACAAUUGGAGGAUGGUCGAACACUAUCAGAUUAUAAUAUCCAGAAGGAGUCGACACUCCACCUUGUGUUGAGAUUACGAGGUGGUGGCAAGAAGAGGAAGAAGAAGGUUUAUACUACGCCGAAAAAAAACAAGCAUAAGAGGAAGAAGGUCAAACUUGCCGUCCUGAAAUAUUACAAAGUCGAUGAAAAUGGUAAAAUCACCCGUUUACGGAAAGAGUGCGCUUCGCCAUCAUGUGGUGGAGGCGUUUUCAUGGCUAGUCAUCAGAAUCGAUACUAUUGCGGCAAGUGUCAUCAAACAUUGGUAAUGCAAGACCCAAAAGAAAAAGCUACUGGAAAGACUAAAUAAAUUUAUGUUGUUAUUUACACUGGUGUUUGGAAACGCUUCAGAAUAAAUCCG